AUGACCCCGCACCGCAGCUGUAUGCUGCCCGCGAACUUCGAGACGAUCGCCUUUUUGCGCGUUAACCGGGAGAUGUGGAACGCUGCGUCGCUCAUCGAGCAAGUUAUUACUACUGCUGUUCAUUUCCUCCAGUUCCGUAGUUUACUGUAUUUUCCGAGGCCUGCUGCAAACUACCUUUAUUUCCUUCGUCGCCCGAGCCUAUACCAUCGUCCCACAUACAAUCCGUGUCAUCUACUGGAGCUUGUCGUGCCACAGCGUCGCGGCACAGUUUUCAAAAGUCGUCGUGUGUGA